UGCACACACACACACACACACACACACACACACACACACACACACACACACAUGUACACACACACAGGAGGUUCUGCUGCCGGCAGCUCUUCCAGCGCAGGUCUCCACUCGGGACCCCCUGUUCCCCUGAGAGCCCACGGCAGCAGCAUGGAGGAAGAGGAGGAGGAGGAGGAGGAGGCCCGGUCCUUCCUGGGCAGGUUUGUAGACGAGUUCCCCGCCGCGCUGGAGGACGGCGCUGCGCUCCCCGCCAGCCCUCUGAGCCGCAGAGUCACCCUGCAGGAGCUGCCCGGGGAGAGCCUGGAGCUGGGCCUCCGGCUGCUGGCGGCCAGGGGCGCUCCCGCCGGCCUCGGCGCCCUCCUGUGCCGGGCAGCGCUGACCCGGCUGCUGCAGAGCGACCUUUCACCUCUGCACUGCGCCCAGGAGGCCGGGGACCACCAGGAAGAGGAGCCGCCGGUCGUCUUGCUUCAGUCGGAGCCCGUCCAGCGUCUCUUCCUCAACGAGCUGAUCGAGGUGGCGCUGGCGUGGCAUCGGGCCCCCCCCCCGCGGCGCCCCUCCCCCCCGCGGUUCCUCCACUGCUCCGUUCACGCCAUCAAGAACACCAGGAGGAAGAUGGAGGACAAACACGUGGCCCUGACGGAGUUCGGCCAGCUGUUUGGAAUCCAGGGUGCAGGGUGUUGUGCGUACUACGCGGUGUUCGAUGGCCACGGGGGGGUGGACGCUGCCUCCUACGCUGCCACUCACCUCCACGUCGCUCUGAGUGAACAGGAGACGCUGCAGAGCGACCCCAACGCAGCCUUCCAGAUGGCCUUCAGGCACACGGACGACAUGUUCAGGGGCAAGGCCAAGAGAGAGCGCCUGCGGAGCGGCUCGACGGGCGUGGCGGUGCUGCUCCAGGGACCACAGCUGACCGUGGCCUGGCUGGGAGACUCUCAAGCAGUCCUGGUCCGAGAGGGACGAGCGGUGACCCUCAUGGACCCCCAUAAACCAGACCGAGAGGAUGAGAAACAGAGGAUCGAGGACCUCGGGGGCUGCGUCACCUUCGUGGGAUGCUGGCGGGUCAAUGGCACCUACGCUGUGUCCAGAGCUCUGGGGGACUUUGACCAGAAGCCCUACGUGUCUGGAGAAGCCGACUGCUCCACCACCCGGCUGUCGGGCGACGAGGACUACGUGCUGCUGGCGUGCGACGGCUUCUUCGAUGCGGUCGACCCCUCGGAGGUCCCGCGCCUGGUCCUGGACGCCCUCCGUCAGCCCGCCGACCCCGAAGGAGACGCUCCGCCCGACCGGUCGCAGGACGCCGUGGGCCUGAGGGUCGCUCGGCGGCUGGUGUGCCACGCCAAAGCCGCCGGAUCCAGUGACAACAUCACCGUGAUGCUGGUGUUCCUGCGCCCGCCGCCACAGCUUCUGGCCGCGAGCGCCGGAGCUGCACGGGAGGAGCAGUGACGGAGGAGGAGGUGCUCACACACCACUGUGCCAAGCUACUGAUGCUAACAACACACACACACACACACUACAAGCACGAUGCGAGCGUCCGAUCAUCUUUUAAAUAAGAAUUUGUGUGUGAUUCUUUAAUCAGUGUUCCUGUACGUGUUUUGUGAAGAGCUAACGCGAGUAUCGCUAACAUUUAAACUUCUGUUACAUCACAUUUGACUGAUUUAUUUAUUCUUUUGGGGAAGCAGAGACGGCCUGACCUCUCUGAGCCGGUCAGUGUUAAAGGUCGAGAGUCUCUCGGAUCCCGGCCCUUCAGAUCAAUUCUCUUUUUUCAUCUUGAAUUUUGGUUUCUGAAUCCAAAGUUUAGCAAAUUGCACCAACUGUCUGGACAAGGGAGAAAACGGAAGUUUGUUAAGUCACGCCCCUCCCUAGUUACCGUUGCUAUGCUCUCACCAUGGAUACAGCAUUGGAGGCGGGGCCUUCUUCAUUCUGAUCAAACUUGCUGACUGGGGUGCUUUAAGCAAAUCCGGUUUGACUUCUGGUGGCCUCCUUCUAUGUGGCUCCGCCUCUUUCUCUGUACCGCCCACCUCAUUGGCCUCGCCUCCUAUGUGGCCCCGCCUUCUCUGUGCCUCCUGCCCCAUUGGCCCGCCUCCUUCUUUAUGCCUCCUGCCUCAAGGCCUAGCCUCAUUGGUCCGGCCUCGUGCCUCUGAGGCCCCGCCUCCUGCCUAUGUGGCCCCGCCUCCUUCUCUGUGCCCCCUGCUGGUGGUCCUGCUGAUGUCUAUGUUAUUUGGGACUGUACAAAAUAAACUGAAUUGAAUUUAAAUGUUUUUAAUAUUAAUCUACAGCCUGUUUUAAUCUUUAUGCUGCAUUAAUACUUUAAAUUUCUCAUUUUGCACAUCUCAACCAUAAGGUCACUAUGCAUCGUCUGUAUUACAUUUUUAAUAAAGAUUUUUCAAUUGCA